CGCAAGGCGCAAUACAAACUACAAAGUUGGUAGUAAUGUUCAAAAUAAAAUUAUUUUUAUUUGGCAAAUAAGCAAGUUCUAAAAUUCCACGAAGAUUUAUGGACAGUUGGUUCAUCGAACUAUUGAUUCAAGAGCUUAAUUCCCAAAAUGGAAGACUCUUUUUCAAGUAUUGAAAAUUCACCUCGAUGUAGAAGCAGUUCUAAAUAUGGGGAUAUUAGUAUUUUAGAUCAACUCGCAGGAUUUGAGCGGCUACGUAUUUCAGCGUUAACAAAGGCUGCAGAAAUUAGUCCUCAAGUGAAAGAGGUAACAAUAGGUCCACGAAGCCCAUUAAAAAAAACUGUAACUAUACAGGAGGAACAACCUGAACAGCCAGAAGAAGUAAUCAAUUUGUUAGAAGAUAAGCUUGGUGAAGAUUUGCGAUAUACUUUAUUACUCAAAAGGUAUGAAGCUUCUUUGCAAGAGUCAUCCGAGUUAUGGUUUAAAAAUAAAAUUGAAAAUAUGAGAGCUAAACAUGCGGAAACCAUGCGCAGUUACUGGAAAAAACAAAGUGAAGAUUAUGAACGCAAAUCUCUUGAAUUAAGAGCUCGUAAAUUGCAAAUGAUCAAGCAGCUCAAAGAGAAUGAUAAUAUGUCAGUUCUAGAAAAAGCAAAAUUAGAUGAACAGAAAUAUCAGUCUUUCAUUAGUCGGGACACUAUUGAAAACAUGAACAGACUACUUGAAGAAACCAAUAAAGCUACAACUAGGUAUGCCAAUAUUACGGAUAGCCACACAAAAAUAUUAAUUUGUUCUAAUGAAAUUAUGAGUAUUGAACAGUCUGAAGAUGUUGUUAGUAAAUACUCUUCUUCAAUACAAACUAUUCUUAGCAAUAUGUCUAAAAUCAUGGAUUAUUGUAAGAGUGGUCAAAUCACAGACAAAGAAGUGAAGCAAGCGGAGAUCUUGACUUCAAAUAUGGAGAAUAUAAAAGCAAAAAUAAUAGAAGAUCUCAAUACUCUUAAAAGUGAGCAGCAAAUAAAGAAACAACAAGAAGAGGAAAUUAAGAAGAAAGAAUUGGAAGAACAAAAAGCAAAAGAAGAGGAAUUAUUAAAGAAACAACAAGAAGCUAAAGAGGUUGCAAAAAGAUCAGGACCCUUGUUUUAUUCAGAAAAGAACUACACAUAUUAUUCAGAACUACAAAGAUUUUUAUUUGAAUAUGAAAAUAAAUAUAAGGGACUCCUCGAAGAUAGUAAUAUGAAGAAGUUUAGAUUUGAUUGUCAGAAAGCUGUAAAUACACCAGUGAAUACUUUAUCAUCUGUAAGCGGUUCACAUAUGAAGAAAACAUUGGAAAAAUUAGCUAAUUUACUUAGAGGAGAAAGGGUGCAAAUAUCAGAUGCAUAUGUAUCUGCUUCACAACAUCCUGAAGGUCUUUAUUACUGUACAGCUUUACUGGCUAAGAAAAUUGUGAGACAAGGUGACCUUCUUGUAUCCAGUAAACCUGAGGCUGCAUUUCCUUUAGCAGCUGUGACUGUUGUAUUAUGGUUUGAAUUUCCGGAAUUUGGUAAACUCUUAGAAGCAUACUUUCACCAACAAUGUCCAUAUUUAGUACCCAUGUUUUUGCCACAAAAAGAGGGACAAACAGAUAAAGAAUUCUAUUUAUCUAGAGGUUACACCUACACUGAUGAUGUUGUUGAAAAACAGGAUAAGUUUCUGAAAAGAAUGUCUGGUAUAUUCAGGCUGAGAUGUGCCAUUUGGAUUGCUAAGAUGCCCUCUUUUAUAAGAGCUUCAAAUCCCCACAGCUUAAAAUUUGGAUGGCAGUGGCUGGCUUCAUUUAUCAAUUUAAAACCUGAACCUGAUAUUUGUGCCACAUUAUUGCAUGAUUUUUUUACAGUAUGUGGUUCCGAGUUCUAUAGAUACUAUGGAAAGCAGUUUACAAAAAUAAUUAAACUAAUAAGUACGGACUAUCUGAAUAUUUUACAGAAUAUUGAUGAAGGUGGUCCUAAAACAAGAUUAGAAGUUUUCUUACAAAAUGUUUUGCAAAGUGGAAACAUUCCCCCACCAAAUGGACUUCUGCCACCUAGCACAUGGUAGCAUGAUUGAAAAAAUUGCAUUAUUUCUGAAAUAAUUUUAAUAAAUUAAUAUAAAUUAAGUGAAAUUAAUGUUUACUGUAUAUAAUAAUUUAUCAUAAUGAAAUCAAUAUACAGUGACAUUUUGAUUAAAUUUGAUGAUUUUGAAUA